AUGAGCCUAACGACCCUAAGUCCAUUUCCUCCAACCACAGCCACCGCCCUCCUCAUCUCCUCGAUACGCGUCUCCGUGCACACUGCACGGCCGUUCAACACCCUUGCGCUUCUUCUGCUGCCGUUGCUCUGUGCGAUCGGGCUUAUAGGGAAUGCGUUUGUGUGUGUGGCUAUAGCCACCGACCGACGGCUGCAUAAUGUGACGAAUUAUUUCCUCUUCUCGCUGGCGUUGGCCGACCUGCUCGUUUGCUGCAUCGUCAUGCCGCUGUCGAUUGUGGUGGAGGUGCGACAUGGUGUCUGGACUUGGAACUUCUCGAUGUGCCUCCUCUACGUCUACGCAGAUGUCUUCCUCUGCUCGGCGUCCAUCGUCCACAUGUCGGUCAUCUCCCUCGACCGCUACCUCGGCAUCUCGCAACCCUUGAAGACGCGCAACAAGUCCAAAACCCUCAUCUUUCUCAAAAUCGCCCUCGUCUGGGUGGUCACCGUGCUCAUCUCAUCUCCAUUAGCUGUGGUGGCAUUACAUGAUCCAUCAAAUGUAUUACAGGAAAACUCGUGUAUGAUCUUCAACCGGACGUACAUGAUUUAUGGAUCGACGCUUUCAUUUCUAAUACCCUUCUUGAUAAUGACAAUGACAUACGUUCGAACGACGUCAUUAUUAAAUAAACAGGCGAAGGUGCUUAAUGAAAAGGUAGGGACCAACGGGACGGAAGGCCUGAGACGAACAAUGCCGAACCAUCGAAACGCCUUCACCUCAAGAGUAGCCACCAAGAAGAUCAUGUCGGCAGAGCUGGCCAACGAACACAAGGCCACCAGAGUAUUGGCGGUCGUUUUCGUCUGCUUUUUCAUCUGCUGGACCCCAUUUUUCAUCGCCAACUUUACCUAUGGCUUUUGCGGCGAGAAGUGCGAGCUGCCCCCGUGGAUGGGUUCGGUGUUCCUAUGGUUGGGGUACAUCUCGUCGACCAUCAACCCGCUCAUCUACACCAUUUUCAACAAGCGUUUCCGCCAGGCUUUUGUUCGGAUUCUGCGCUGCCAGUGCCUACAUUCUCUCCGAGACCCAUACAGCUUCUACUCUCGGCAUACUACCAUUCUGCCCGAUACGUAUUACACGUGCUCGAACACCGAGCAGCGGGUGACGUCAAAGGACGAGGCGGCGCCUGGAGGUUCGAUUAACAAGGACCCGACUACCGUUGAUGAGAUCGAU